AUGUACGAAAGGGAUAGUAUGGAAGUUGCACAGAACAAGAAAAGAGCCCCUAAAACAACAAACAAGCAAUUAGAUUUCCUUAUUACAUAUAUGGAAAACCAUACUGCGUUUGCCACAGGCAAAUUAUUAGGAGCAAGAGGAAAGCCAGCUCACGACUUACAAUGGCAGCAAUUAACUGAACAGUUAAAUAGCUUAGACGGCUCAUCAAAAGGUACAGAAGGUUGGAGAAAACUCUGGUGUAUCUGUGAUAGGUGUCAUCAGCCAAGGUUCCAAACCGUAACCUGCAUCGCCUAUAAUCAAAUAAACACUUUUAUAUACAUUAUUAGAAUGUCUCCAUAUAAAGCUAUCAUGGACACCUCCAGGAAAUCUAGCAUUGACGUUUAA